AGUAUCAUUUUCACUGUUGAUUCGAUAAGUUCUAGUUGGACUCUUGCUGGUUUAUGAAAGAGACAUUCUGGAAACUUUUUCUUUAAAGUUUGGAAAAGAAAAGGUUUCAAAAUUAGCGACUUUGAUUAGUCCCCGGGUCAUUCAGGAUAUUGAGUUUAGCCAGCAAGGAGUUUAAAUAAAUACAUAAUCUUCCCUUUAAAUUAAAUACACACGUAAUUAUAGUCAAACUCAUCCCAGUUUCCCCUUUAAAAAGAACACACAGAAGCAAAAAUGUCAACCGUCGAUAAAGAAGAACUCGUUCAAAAGGCAAAACUCGCCGAACAGUCAGAAAGAUACGAUGAUAUGGCACAAGCCAUGAAAUCUGUCACAGAAACGGGCGUAGAACUCUCGAAUGAGGAAAGAAAUUUACUGUCAGUUGCUUACAAAAAUGUAGUCGGUGCUCGAAGAUCAUCAUGGCGUGUAAUUUCAUCAAUUGAACAAAAAACGGAAUCCUCAGCUCGAAAGCAACAGUUGGCCCGAGAAUACAGAGAGCGUGUCGAAAAAGAGCUUAGGGAAAUUUGUUACGAAGUGCUGGGACUUUUGGACAAAUUCUUAAUCCCCAAAGCCAGUAAUCCAGAAAGCAAAGUCUUUUACUUGAAAAUGAAGGGCGAUUAUUACAGAUAUUUGGCUGAAGUUGCAACCGGCGAAACACGCAACUCCGUUGUUGAUGAUUCUCAAAAGGCUUACCAAGAAGCUUUCGAUAUCGCCAAAACCAAAAUGCAGCCAACGCAUCCAAUUCGUUUAGGUCUUGCGCUCAAUUUCUCAGUAUUUUACUAUGAAAUUAUCAAUUCUCCUGCGAGGGCAUGUCACUUAGCAAAACAGGCUUUCGAUGAUGCAAUCGCUGAAUUGGACACACUCAAUGAGGACUCAUAUAAAGAUUCAACUCUUAUUAUGCAGCUUUUGAGAGACAACCUCACAUUAUGGACAUCAGACACGCAAGGUGAUGGAGAUGAACCAGCAGUGGGAGAUGAUAACUAACCAAACUAAAUUGUCAAAAAUUCGAGAUGAUAAAAACAACUA